AUGAGUAAAAAAGAGGGAGAUAGUAUUGAUGCUUUAUGUUUCCCUAAUGCAGAAGAUUAUUAAAAUGAUUUUGAUACAGUAAAUCAAGUAUUAUUAGGAUCCGGAUCAUAUGGAUAAGUUUAUAAAAUGACAUUUAAAUCUAAUCCUUCAUAAAGUUGCGCAGUUAAAAUAGUUUAAUGCAUUAAGUAACUUCUUUUUAAUUUUAGUAAAAAAGCAUAUGAUCAAGCUUUAAAAGAAGUUUAAAUGAAUAGGCAAAUUAAUAUCCAUCCUAAUAUUAUCUAUUUUGAUAAAAUAUAUGCUUGGUCUGAAACUGUUCCAGUUUAAAAAUAUUUUUUAGUGUUUCAAAUGAAAUUGGCUAAAGGUAGUUUAAAAGAUUUGAAAGAAGAUGAAAUCAAAGCAAAUAGAAAAACAUUUGGUGGUAUUUUUACAUUCAAAAUUUGUAGAAUUAAGUUUUUUAAAUAUUGUCAAUCAAUUAUUGCAAGCUUUUCUAUUUUUACAAUAAAAAGAACUUUAUCAUAGAGAUAUUAAACCAGAGAACAUUCUAUAUGAUAAAGAAAAUGAAAAAAUUAUUGCAAGAAUUGCUGAUUUUGGUGUAAGCAAAGCAUUAGAACACUUUAAAAAUAAUUUUAAAAAUACCCUUGUUGGAACACCACUUUAUUUAUCACCAAAAUUAUGGGAAGCUUAUAUUAAUGGAUAAUAUAAUGAUGUGAAGUAAUUGUUUUUAAUAAUUUAAGACAUAAUUUAGAAAAAUCAGAUGUAUUUUCAUUAGGAGUUACACUUUUAUAAACUUAUUUACUCUUAUAAGAUCCAGAUAUUGCUGGAUUGAAUGAUUAAAAACAAAAUAAAAUCUAAAAUCUUUUGCAAAAAAUUUAUCAUGAGAAAAUUAAAGAAUUAUUAACUGGAAUGUUAAAUUAUGAUGAAAAAUCUAGAUUUACUUGGCAAUAAGCAGUUAAUUGUCUUAAUGGUUCAGAAAAAAUUAAUGGAAGCUUAUAAUAAAAUUAAAAUUAAGGGGGAAGUCUCUAAAAUAGAGAAAAACAUUAUGCAUUACACGUCCCUUAUGAAAAAACUAUUACAAAUAAAUCUUAAACAAUUAAACUCAGAAAAAUAAAUUAAAUUUUUUGUUAAGAAUUGAAUGAAAUUACUAAAGGUUAGAUUGCAGACGAUUAAAGUAUCAUUGUUUUUAGUGACAAUUAUUUAAUUUAAAUUAACUUUGAAGGAUAAACAAUUCUAAAAAAAUAAAUAUAAAGUAUUAUUUUAGAUAAUAAUUUUAUAAGAUCUAAAAUGUGUAUGUUUAACAGAAUAACCAUAAAAAAUUAUAGGGUUAUUUGAAAAUAAUACUAUUUCAGUAUUAGAUGAUGAGAUGUGCCAACCCUUUAGUUUACCAAAUGCAUCAGAAUAAAUUAAUAUUAUUUGCUAAAUGAGAGAAGCUAAUGUUCUGAUUGGUCUAGGAAAUGGAGAAGUGCAAGUAUUAUAAUUUGACAAAAGUUUUAAAGUAUUAAAUACAUUGAAGGAUCAUACAGCUUAAAUUAAUUUAAUUUUUUUUGAUAAAAUCAAUUAGUUGUUAAUAACUUCAGAUAAUUCUCGAAUAUUAAGUGUUAGAUUUAUAUUUAGCAAUAAAUUGUAUUAAUUUUAAAUUAUUUUGAAGCUCUUAUUUAAAAUUAGAUUACAUAGCAUAACAUGUAGAAUUAUUGAAUGACACUUAAAUUGUAGUUAAUGGAUAAAAAUUAAAUGAGAUAUUAAUUUUACACAUAUCUCAUUUAUAAAAAGAACCAGGGAUUAAACUUGAAAUUAAAUAAACAUUAUCUCUUCAAACUGGAUGUGUAUUAUCCUUAAUUAAUUUAAGUGAAAAAUGCUUAUUUGUGUCAACAGAGAAAGAAAUAAUUAUUUAUGAUUCAUAAUAAAUUUAAUAAGAUUAUGGACAUCUUUAUAAUAAUGAAAUGCAAUAAACAUUUUAUUACUGCAAUUGGAUAAGAGAUCGUGGAUAUUUGAUAACUAAUGAUGGAUAAAGAAUAAUGAAAUGGGAAAUUGACUAUGAAAAAAAUUAGUUAUUUGGAACAAACAGAAUGUAAAAACCUUAAAUCAAGAAAUGUUGCUGCUGUGAAAGUUGCUCUAUAAUGUGAAC